AUGUCUUUGUGCAUGAUGGGCAGGUUCUCACUCCUCACAGAGGUAAAUUCACAGGAAAAGCACAUUCUCCACCAUGAUAUUUGGGGAAAAUGGGUCGCCUUAGAGCAGAAAUUGCUCUGGUGCCAGGAACAUAUGGGUACUGGGCUGCUCAUUCCAUGGGGAACUAAACUUCGAUGCCCUCCAACUGCCUAUGGCUACCAACAGUCACAUGCAGACGCUAACCUUGCAAAAAAGGUCGCAAUGAGGUCGCAGAACAUAUUUCUAUUACUCGCUGCUACCUGCUCAUGGUACAUCAUGACUCAUCAAUACCAUGGUUCCAAUCAUCCCUGGAUGGCUAUCUUAACGAAUGACCUCAAGUAUCCCAUAUACGCUGAAUGGGCUCUUGAGUUGUCACACUCAUUUGUUGGAGAUCUCACACAGGAGCCUUCAUUUCUUCCAAUCACUGCCCUUGGCAUGUUCAAUUGCCCAUUUUUGAGAACUUGCAUCAUUAUAUCUCAUCUCAGGGAGCUAUUACCUGUGCGACUGAGUCAGUUCAAUGGGGUCAGCCAGAUGAUAGUUCGUGGGGUCGGCAGGAUGACAGUACAUGGGGUCAACCAGACAACAGCAGUCAGAGCACCCUUGGAUAGGACAGUAGUGUACUUGGAUGGGAUCAAGCCGGUGGAGAGCAGCCCAUAUCCAAUAUUCCUGAAGCCCAUGCGGACUCACUAUUUCCAAUCCCCCAACCCCACUCUGGACAAAAGCGAGGAGAAGAUUGGAAGGCAUUAUUUGCUGAGGGUACCAACGACUUGGAUAUCAUAUAACAAAUCUACCAGGGUAUACAACUCAUUCCGUAAUGAGUGGGACUUGUGCGACACAUUGGAUCCUGUCAGCAUUCCUGAUGGUGAUUGGGAAGAAGUUUCUUAUGGGAGAUUGAAACCUACUUUGGUUGUUAUGAAGUUGUGCCCUCAGCGCAAUAUACUCAAACAUCUACCACUACACCCUGAGGCAGAUCCACCAUGUUCGAUGAUUGGACUCACAAGACACAAUGGGCUCACCUAUGCAAAACUCAUUGGCGAUGACCCCACAAAUAUUUCCUCAAUUCCAGAGGUACAGAAGCAUGUUAUCACAUGUUUCAUAGGUUACCUCAUCACCCUUUCCCAAUCUCAAUUGUUGGACAUCCUGCCCAAUCUCUGGGAUCUAGGACCUGACCCAUCCCUGUUGAUUUUGAAUCAAGUGAAGCAGUGA